CUGUUCGGCUUUGAAGUAAAGGCGGGCGUGAUUGGGACGAUCAGCCUUCAAACCCAGGGGUGAACCACCUCUUCAAUCUCUGACAACUUGGGUUCCUCCGGUUCCUCCGGUUCCUCGGCUAUCGCGGGAGGCUCGCCUCAGUGACCGGCAAGCCCAUGGCUGAGCCUGCGGGUGGUGGCGCGCCCUGGUUGUCCCCACGAGCGGCCUCGCUUCGCCGAAGACGGCGCACGCGCUCAGGCGGCGAACGCGCGCUCAGCCCAGCUAACUCCGUGCCGGUCAUCCCCCAGGCGCCGCCGGCUCGCCCAGCCUCUAAGCGCGCGCGUGUGACUCUGAAAAAACCGGCCGGCGUGGGCAGCCAGGUGACGGGGGCGCGGAAGACUAGUCUCGAGUCGGACUCCAGCGGCGAUGAACUGGACGAAGAUGACCUGGCUGAGAUGCAAGCUAUGCGCGAUUCGUUGUCCAAUGCCAUGGCCAAGGAUCCGGGAAUGUCGGCGGCCUUGGAUUGCGAAGUCAUUCGGCCCAUUGGACGAGGUACGUUUUCGUUGGUGUUCUUGGCCCGUCACAAAUCCACCGGUGAAAAGCUCGCCCUCAAGAAAUUGGUGCCCACUUCCAGUGCUGAGCGCAUCCUUGGCGAGCUCAACUGUUUGGCCCGUUGUCGGGGCCAGAAUUGUGUGAUCCCCACUCGCUUCUCUUACCGGUGUAUGAAUCAGGUGGUCCUAGCCAUGCCUUACAUAAAACAAACCCGAUUCCAUGAUCUCUGCUCCACCAUCACCUACACGGAGCUGCGUCGGUACAUGGCCCAUCUACUCCGGGCCUUGUCUUACGUCCACAGUCUUCAGAUUAUUCAUCGUGACAUCAAACCGCCCAAUUUUCUGUACAAUCGCCGCACUCAACAAUACGCCUUGGUUGAUUUCGGUUUAGCUCAAAAGUUCACCCAUGAUCCGGGGCCCAAUGCCCGCCAUUCCAAUCAGAGAGCCUCUCUGCCCGCGAAUACGGAUGAAAUGAUCUCCCAUUUGUAUUCAGCCGGCUACUACGCUCCUCAAGAUCUCGAAAACCCUUCCAAGGCCCGUCGACCGGCCAAUAUUAAUCCGUACCUACCGCAAAGCGGUCACCUCCUGCCCAUUCCUGACCACGGAUCCGGCGUGAAUGCCUUCCAACGUCUCAACGGCUACCAAAACUUUCUGCGAAACAAUCCCCAACCGAGCGCCUCGAGUCGAAUCAAACGAAGAGGAGGUGACGAGGUAAGGCGUAGUCCAAGGAAGCAUCCUGGCUCCCAAACAGCUAGUAGUGGCUACUCGACUCUCACCAUAUCGGGCUCAACAAUUUUCGGUCGACCUGCCACCAACAGUAGUCUCAAACGAGCUUCGAGUUUCACCAUGCUAGAUCCCACCUCCGGCGUGCCUUCCGAGAGUCAGACCCCGCUCAUGCAGGCUAGUCUUACUUCGCGACAUUCUCAGAGUCGUGGAUCGAGAUCCAGUACGGCUAGGCAUUACACUCCGCCCAUUUCCACGGCCGAUCAGUCGCAGUGUGGGUGCUACGGUCGACCCGAGAUGUGCUCGAAGUGCAUGUCUCGACGGAGCCAAAGAGUGAAUCGAGCGGGCACUCCGGGAUUCCGACCCCCGGAGGUCCUGCUCAAAUACCCGCAUCAGACGCCAGCCGUGGAUAUGUGGGCGGUAGGCGUGAUGUUGCUCUCUCUGAUGAGCCGAACGUACCCCUUCUUUCGAGCACCGGAUGACAUGACCAACUUGGCCGAGAUCAUGAGUAUCUUUGGAUCUCAUAAGGUCUCUCAAGCGGCCAGUCACUACGGCAAGAUCUUCUUGACCGACCAACUCAUCCAUCCUGUUCAGCUGGACGAGCUCUGUGUGGCUCUGGCUCGGCGACGGUCGGAUAGUCCGGAUCCUGAGCCUGCUCGAGCCAAUCUGGUCAGCAAGAACUCGUUGCAAUUGCUCAAAGGGCUCAUGGACGUAAUUGCCGAGGACAGAUUGUCGGCUGAAGAGGCCCUUCAAUUGCCGUUCUUCGAGGAUGCCGAGAACGACCACCCCGAUACCUCAAAACCUAGUUCUUGAAACACCCACGAGUUCGGGUUCUAAUGGCUCGAUGCAACGAAUUAUCUCCGUCUAGACCUAACUUUUGUUCCUCCCCUCUUCAUUAGAUUGAAGUUACUCAAUGAAAUAGACCCAAUGUUAUUA